UCUGCCGGUUCGCGCUGCCGGUGGACACUCACCCUUCGCGCUCGGUUUCCACCCCACCGUCCGCCGCUCCGCCGCCGCCCACCGCCAGGAUGAUGUGCGGCGCGCCCUCCGCCACGCAGCCCGCCACUGCCGGGACCCAGGCCAUCGCUGACCAGGUAAAGUCCCAGCUGGAAGAGAAGGAGAAUAAGAAGUUCCCUCUUUUUAAGGCUGUGGAGUUCAGGCGCCAGGUGGUCGCGGGGACGAACCACUUCAUCAAGGUUCAAGUUGGCGAUGAUGACUACGUACACAUUCGAGUGUUUGAAAGUCUCCCGCAUGAAAACAAGCCCCCGGCCUUGACCAGCUAUCAGACCAACAAAGCCAGGCACGACGAGCUGUCGUAUUUCUAGUUCCUGAUUCUGAACAGGGCCCGUUGGCCAUGUGGGUCUCUGUCCUCUGAGGACAUGUGUUGGGAUCAUAAAGGAAUGUCGUCUCUACGCUGUGCCACAUGGGGUGGAGGGUGCUCCGCACAUCUGUGUGUCUCUGUUCCUAACUUUCAUUGUGUUGAUUUUUUUUCCUCCCAAUCAAUUAUCUUAAAUUACUUUCAAAGAAGACUUAAUAUGUUUCAUUACGCAUAUUUUAUGGUUUUGACAAA